CGGCAAAGUGGGGGUAAUACAUUAUUUUUCUUCGCCGCAUGAAAUGGCACCUUUACGCAUGAAGAUCCAAAGAUCAACUCAAUCUCGGACGAACUACGUGUCACAAUAAUAUGAUAUUUUAAUUAUUUCGUUUUUGCGUCAAUGGUGAAAACCAGUCUGGAGAAAGUCAAUCGAUUGAUUACCGAUCAACGACAAGUCAUUUUUACCAUUUUAAUUGUUUCGAGUUAAACAAUUUUUAUUCAACGUUUAUGCCGAUAGUCCUCUUGUGCGGGAAGUCAAUAAUAAAUAAGGCAAUACAAAAAUGGCAUUUCGUGACCUAGUGGAAGGAAACUGUGGGAAUCCCAGCUCGUUGUUGGGCUUGGCAUCACAUUAUGUAAACAACCGUGGGUUCAAAGAAGAAGGUAUUCAGCAGUUACUUGGGCCACCAAAUCUGCAUCAACCUGUGACCAAAGAUGAGUUAGUCAAAGAAUUUCUAGAGGAAUCAGCUUGCCCUCAAACAUUUAGAAUGAACAACUUAUUGCAAGAAAUGAGAGGAAUUGAACAAAAUAUCUCUCUUCCUCCAAUGAUAAUACCUGAAAACAUUAUAGAAUCAAGUCAUUCAGGCAAGGAUUGGAUCAAUCAAUAUACUGGAUCUAAGGAGGACAUUAUGGAUAACAAUAUGCAUAUGAUGAAAAUUCAUCCUGAAGCUGACUUUGAACCAGAAUGGUUCAGGAACCAGAAAGAUUAUGUAGAACAGUUUAUAGAUGACACACAGAAUGCUGCAACAAGUAGUGGUUCAGAGCAAUUUCAUGUUCCAGAAGAUUGGAAGGAAGGAUAUAUUGAAACAGAACCAGAGAUGGUGAGAAUGAUGAAAACACACGAAAUACUAAGAAGAUUCGAGCGCCUUCAUGACGAGGCUGAUAAGGAGCGCCUUUGUAAUGAGGCUAGUGGAGAGUCUCUUAACCUGAUGGAGGAGGAAUUAGGAGCUGCAGGUACCUGGACAGAUGAGUUUCUGGAAGACGACAUUUUAUUAAAGGCCCAUGAUUACAACAAUGAGUGGAUGAAAUCAGAUAAAGCUGAUUUCUCUCCGUUUGGCGUAUCAAGUGACUCUGAGGUGUACGAAUUUCAACAGUCAAAUCCUAUGAAAGAUCUGCCAAACGCACUGGAGGAAGGCAAGAGACGAUUAAAAAUGGGAGAUUUGCCGAGUGCUGUGCUCUGUUUUGAAGCGGCUGUUCAGCAAGAAGAUAAUAAUUCUGAAGCUUGGUAUCUUCUCGGUAGAGCGCAGGCUGAAAAUGAACAAGAUCACUUUGCCAUUCCUGCCUUAAGACACUGUCUGAAUUUAGAUCCAAUGAACGGCGCCGCCCUCAUGUCAUUGGCAGUUUGUUACACAAAUGAAUGUCAGCAAUGGAAAGCUUGCAUGACAUUGAGGGAAUGGCUGUUGAAAAAUGAGAAGUAUAAGCAUUUAGUCGUGGAACCUUCGCAGAAACUUCAGCUACCUCCAGGCUCGCUUGGCAUAUUGUUAGAUCGUGCAGCAGGGAAGGAAGUUCAGCAAUUAUAUAUUCAAGCUGCGAGACUGAGUCCUCAUGAAAUUGACCCGGAUGUGCAAUGUGGACUAGGUGUGUUAUUAACUUUGAUGUGCGAAUAUGAAAAAGCUGCUGAUUGUUUUCAAGCGGCAUUAGGGGUACGUCCUGAGGAUCCUGGAUUAUGGAAUAGAUGGGGCGCUACGCUGGCUAAUGGACAACGAUCGGCGGAAGCUAUCAACGCGUAUCGACGCGCCCUGGAAUUAUCGCCUGGUUUCAUUAGAGCGCGUUACAAUCUCGGCAUAUCUUGCAUUAAUCUUGGAGCACAUGCGCAAGCAGCUGAACAUUUUCUGAUAGCCUUAAAUCAGCAAGCCUCGGGAAAAGACGCAGAGGGUAAAAUAGUGGCUUCCGAAGCGAAAAUGUCGAGAACGAUAUGGUCCAGUUUAAGAUUAGUAAUAGCGAUAAUGGACAAAGUUCACUUGCUAGAAUCUGUAGAGAACAGAGACUUAAAAAAAUUAAAUACAGAAUUUGGAAUUGUAUGGAAUCCACAAACGGAAAUGCAUUUAUAAAUUUAUAUAGUAAAGGCAGAAUGAUUGAUGUGUAGUUUCAAAACAAUGCUUUAUGUUCUCUCAAUCUUUAUAAAUUUUUAAGUUUUUUUUCUCCAUUAUAUAGCGGUUUGUCAUCGAUCACAGGCAGAAAGCUUUUUAAUUCAAGACAUAAAACGUUAUCGUGUGUUAAAUUGACAAGCAUAAUCUUGAACCGAUAAGUUAGCCAUUCUACUUUAAGGCCCUUAAAGACAAGAGUUCAUAUUCUGAAUUCACUUUUAUCCAUAAAAAUGUCUCGAAAAGUGACUUAGGAGCCAUCCGAAUAGUUGAGAAGCCGAUCCAAAGCACAUUAUCGAUAAAAGUGAGUUCAGAAUGUGGAUCCAAGACUUGAGACACAAAAUAAGCCAGUCAUUCUGCUAAAGCGUUAACAUACAAAAAGACUACAGAUAAGUGAGACAAAACAUAAUUAUAUUUUUCUUUGUAAAUAUGGUUACAGCAUGUGGAAGGUAAAUGGUAAACUCCGAAAUAUUUUGUAAUUGCAAAUAAUGUGUGUAUAUAUAUAUGUAUAUGUGCAAAUAUAA